AUGGGGGAGAUGGAGCAGUUGCGGCAGGAAGCGGAGCAGCUCAAGAAGCAGAUCGCAGAUGCCAGGAAAGCCUGUGCUGACACUACCCUGGGAGAGCUGGUGUCCAGCCUCGAAGUCGUGGGACGCGUGCAGAUGCGGACACGGCGGACCUUACGGGGACACCUGGCCAAGAUCUAUGCCAUGCACUGGGCCACCGACUCUAAGCUGUUGGUAAGCGCCUCACAAGAUGGGAAACUGAUCGUGUGGGACACAUACACCACCAACAAGGUCCACGCCAUCCCGCUGCGCUCCUCCUGGGUCAUGACUUGUGCCUACGCCCCAUCAGGGAACUUCGUGGCCUGUGGGGGGCUGGACAACAUGUGUUCCAUCUACAGCCUCAAAUCCCGGGAGGGCAACGUCAAGGUCAGCCGGGAGCUGUCGGCUCACACAGGUUAUCUCUCCUGCUGCCGUUUCCUGGACGACAACAACAUCGUGACCAGCUCCGGGGACACCACAUGUGCCCUGUGGGACAUCGAGACUGGGCAGCAGAAGACUGUGUUUGUGGGGCACACGGGGGACUGCAUGAGCCUGGCUGUGUCCCCUGACUUCAGACUCUUCAUCUCGGGGGCCUGCGAUGCCAGCGCCAAGCUCUGGGACGUGCGGGAGGGGACCUGCCGGCAGACUUUCACCGGCCAUGAGUCGGACAUCAAUGCCAUCUGCUUCUUCCCCAACGGAGAGGCCAUCUGCACGGGCUCAGACGAUGCCUCCUGCCGCCUGUUUGACCUGCGGGCCGACCAGGAGCUGACCACCUACGCCCACGAGAGCAUCAUCUGCGGCAUCACGUCUGUGGCCUUCUCGCUCAGUGGCCGCCUGCUCUUCGCAGGCUACGACGACUUCAACUGCAACGUGUGGGACUCCAUGAAGUGCGAGCGCGUGGGCAUCCUCUCCGGCCAUGACAACAGGGUCAGCUGCCUGGGGGUCACAGCUGAUGGGAUGGCUGUGGCCACUGGUUCCUGGGACAGCUUCCUCAAAAUCUGGAACUGA